AUGGUGCUUCGACUGGGCCUCGCCGGCCGCGCUGGCGGGUUGCACGGCGUGCGGCUCGGCAGGAUUCCGGGUGCCGUACCCGAUCCUGCGCUCAGCUGGCUCGACCCCGUCGCGCGGUACCUCGUGUCGAUGCCCGAGACGAUGGGCUUGGUCGGCGCGAUGCCCUACCCCUACACAGCCUCAAUUAUCGCCAUGACGCUGGCCCUGCGUACAGGUGUCUCUGUGCCUAUUGCGCUAUGGCAGCGCAGCCGGAACGAGCGGCUGACCAACAUCGUGCUGCCUGAAUGGGGCGUGUGGAAGAAACAGAUCCCAGCGGCCGUCUGGCAGCGGCGCGCGUCAAACAACGAGGUGAGCAAAGAGACGGAGUUCCAGAUCCAGCGCCAGAUCCACCGCUCGCUGGCGGAAAAGUGGAACCACCUCAUUGCGCUGCACGACUGCUCGCCGACGCGCACUACGAUUGUCUCGCUCGCGGUGCACAUUCCCCUCUUUCUCCUGGUGACAAUGUUGAUCCGACAGGGCACCGUGUUGCCCGACACGCCACUCGUGCACGAGCUCAUUCCGUGGUGGGCGCCGGAUGCGACAUUUGCGGCACAGGCAUCGGCUUCGCAGCAGAUCCUCCUGGACCGCGGCCUGGACCCUGUCUUGGUCGAUAAGCUGACCAAGGUCGGCGGCCCAACGCUUGCCGACCGCGACUCGACGCAGAUCAUGCCGAUCGUGGUGGGGUCGCUCAACAUGCUCAAUAUCGAACUUGCGCAAUGGGUACGUGAGCGGCGACUCGCGCGUGAGCGCGAGCUGGGGCUCGGCGACUCGCGCGCAGGCGCCAAUGACGGCGGCGUCGAGGCCGAGCCGGUGCGUGAGCGCGUCAUUGGGAACGUGCUGCGUGGCACGGCGGUGCUUUCGAUCCCGAUCGCGUGCCAGGUCCCGGCCGCGUUGCUCGUCUACUGGACCACGUCGGCGCUGGUGACGCUCGUUCAAAAUGCGUACUUUGCAUGGCUAGACGCAAAGAUCAAGUAG